CCGGGGCUGCAGCAGGAAGAGGAGCACGGGGAGACCGGAGCCGGGAUCUGCGGCUAGGGAUCACUUAGGGAAACUUGAACUUUCUGUGUGCACAAGAAGAAGAAGAAGAGGAAAUCGCCCCGGAGGACGUUCGGAAAAUCGGGACAGAAGACCGCUGUUUAGCAGCUGUGUGCAAUGGAGGAUGGGAAGCCAGUGUGGGCGCCCCACCCAACAGAUGGGUUCCAGCUGGGCACUAUUGUAGACAUUGGAGCUGACACCUUGACAAUUGAGCCCUUGAAUAAGGGCAAGACUUUUCUGGCUUCCAUUAACCAAGUGUUUCCAGCAGAAGAUGAUGUCAACAAACAUGUUGAAGACAACUGUUCACUUAUGUACUUGAAUGAAGCUACGCUUCUCAACAAUAUACGUGUGCGAUAUAGUAAAGAUAAAAUAUAUACCUAUGUUGCCAAUAUCCUGAUUGCAGUUAACCCCUACUUUGACAUCCCCAAGCUCUACUCAUCGGACACCAUUAAGACCUACCAGGGGAAAUCUCUCGGCACUCUGCCCCCUCAUGUGUAUGCAGUUGCUGACAAAGCUUUUCGAGACAUGAAGGUACUGAAAAUGAGCCAGUCAAUUAUUGUAUCUGGUGAAUCUGGAGCUGGAAAGACUGAAAACACAAAAUUUGUGCUCAGGUAUUUAACAGAAUCCUAUGGAACAGGUCAAGACAUCGAUGAGAGGAUCGUUGAAGCUAAUCCUUUGCUGGAGGCCUUUGGAAAUGCCAAAACUGUUCGCAAUAAUAAUAGCAGCCGUUUUGGGAAAUUUGUAGAAAUCCAUUUCAAUGAAAAGAACGCUGUGGUGGGAGGCUUUGUGUCUCAUUACCUGCUGGAGAAGUCUCGGAUCUGUAUGCAGAGUAAAGAAGAGAGAAACUACCAUAUUUUUUACCGUCUGUGCGCAGGAGCUUCUGAAGACAUUAGGCAGAAGUUUCACCUGAGUUCACCAGACAGCUUCCGGUAUCUGAACCGUGGAUGCACCCGCUACUUUGCUAAUAAGGAAACAGACAAGCAGAUUCUGCAAAAUCGCAAGAGUGCUGAGCAUUUAAAAGCUGGCUCUCUGAAGGACCCCCUGCUUGACGAUCAGGGCGACUUUAACAGGAUGUGUGUCGCGAUGAAGAAGAUCGGUCUGGAUGACACGGAGAAACUGGACCUCUUCAGAGUGGUAGCUGGGGUUCUGCACCUGGGCAAUAUCGAUUUUGAGGAGGCAGGAAGCACCUCAGGGGGGUGCACACUGAAGAACCAGUCCAGUCAGACCCUGGAGUAUUGUGCAGAGCUCCUGGGGCUGGAUGAAGAAGAUCUGCGCGUCAGUCUCACUACCAGAGUCAUGUUGACAACUGCAGGGGGCGCCAAAGGAACAGUAAUCAAAGUCCCGCUGAAGGUCGAACAAGCUAAUAACGCCCGGGAUGCUUUGGCUAAAGCAGUGUACAGCCGUCUGUUCGAUCAUGUCGUAAAGAGAGUAAACCAGUGCUUCCCCUUUGAGAGCUCGUCCUUUUUCAUCGGUGUCCUAGACAUCGCUGGAUUUGAAUAUUUUGAGCACAACAGCUUUGAGCAGUUCUGCAUCAACUACUGUAAUGAAAAGCUGCAGCAGUUCUUCAAUGAGAGAAUCCUGAAAGAGGAGCAAGAGUUGUAUCAGAAGGAGGGUCUGGGAGUGAAUGAAGUUCAUUAUGUUGACAACCAGGACUGUAUUGACCUGGUUGAAGCGAAGCUUGUGGGUAUCCUGGACAUUCUGGAUGAAGAAAACCGUUUGCCUCAGCCCAGCGACCAGCACUUCGCCGAAACAGUGCACAAUAAGCACAAGGACCACUUCAGACUCACAAUCCCCAGGAAAUCCAAGCUGGCCAUUCAUAGGAAUGUGAGAGAUGAUGAAGGCUUCAUCAUCAGGCACUUUGCGGGAGCUGUGUGCUAUGAAACAACCCAGUUUGUGGAGAAGAAUAACGAUGCCCUGCACAUGUCUCUGGAGUACUUGGUGUGCGAGUCUAAGGAUAAAUUUGUCCGGGAGCUUUUUGAGAAUUCCAAUAACACAAAGGACUCAAAACAGAAGGCCGGAAAGCUCAGCUUCAUUAGUGUGGGCAACAAAUUUAAGACGCAGUUAAAUAUUUUACUUGAAAAGCUUCGCAGUACGGGGUCUAGUUUUAUUCGCUGUGUGAAGCCAAAUCUCAAGAUGGUCAGCCACCAGUUUGAAGGGGCACAGAUCCUCUCCCAGCUACAGUGUUCAGGAAUGGUGUCCGUUCUGGAUCUCAUGCAGGGUGGGUUCCCCUCCCGAGCGCCCUUCCAUGAACUGUACAACAUGUACAAGAAGUACAUGCCAGCCAAGCUCACUCGUCUCGACCCCAGGCUGUUCUGCAAGGCCCUGUUUAAAGCACUUGGACUAAAUGAAAACGACUACAAGUUUGGUUUAACAAGGGUGUUUUUCAGGCCUGGAAAGUUUGCAGAGUUCGAUCAGAUCAUGAAGUCGGAUCCCGAUCACCUGGCAGAGCUGGUUAAGCGUGUCAAUAAAUGGCUGAUUUGCAGUCGCUGGAAGAAGGUGCAAUGGUGUGCACUGUCUGUUAUCAAAUUGAAGAACAAGAUGAAAUACCGGGCGACUGCUUGCAUUAAGAUGCAGAAGACUGUCCGCAUGUGGCUGUGCCGAAAAAAGCACAAGCCUCGCAUCGAUGGCCUGGUGAAGGUGCAGACUCUGAAGACGAGAAUGGGCAAGUUCAAUGAAGUCGUCGAUGCGCUGAAGGAAGGAAAACAAGAGAUGAGCAAACAGGUUCAAGACCUGGAAACAUCCAUCAACAGCCUCAUGGCUAAAAUUAAGGGGACGGUGCUGAGCCGCGGGGAGAUCGACCGGGAGUACGGGGGCCUGGUGGGGCGCUCGGAGCAGCUGCUGGCCGACAUGCAGAAGAGGAAGCAGCAGGAGGAGGAGCGGGAGCGCCUGCGCCGCAUCGAGGAGGAGAUGGAGAGGGAGAGGAGGAGGCGCGAGGAGGACGAACGGCGCCGCCGGCAGGAGGAGGAUGAGCGGCGCCUGAAAUCAGAGAUGGAAUUAAAGAGGAAGCAAGAGGAAGAGGAGCGGAAGAAAAGAGAGGAGGAGGAGAAGCGGCUACAGGCGGAGAUGGAGAUGCAGCUGGCCGCCGAGCGGGAGGAAGAGGCUCAGCGGCAGACCAUUCUGGAGCAGGAGCGGCGCGACCGGGAGCUGGCCAUGAGGAUUGCCCAGAGCGAGGCUGAGCUCAUCGCCGAGGAGACCCAGCCGGAUCCCGGGCUGCGCAGUUAUGGCAGAUGUAUUGUGACUCCAGUCCCAGCGAGCACUAAUGCACUUGGACGUCAAAGCAACUUGACAAUGGAGGAAAUGGCCAAAGAAAUGACUGAGCUGCUGGCUAGGGGUCCACAGGUGCAGGCAACGAAGGCAGCAGCUGGCACGAAGAAAUACGAGCUGAGCAAGUGGAAGUAUGCAGAGCUCCGGGAUGCUAUCAACACCUCCUGCGAUAUUGAGCUGUUAGCAGCAUGCAGAGAGGAGUUUCACCGCAGACUGAAGGUAUAUCAUGCUUGGAAGUCCAAGAACAAGAAACGAAACACUGAAACUGAACAGAGGGCUCCUAAAUCUGUCACCGACUAUGAUCAUCCACCAUUAAUGAAAAACACAUCCCAGCAAAACCCGGCUCCUCCGCUGCCGGCUCGGCACCAGGAGAUCGCCAUGAACCGGCAGCAGCGCUACUUCCGCAUCCCUUUCAUCCGCCCGGCCGACCAGUACAAAGACCCCCAGAACAAGAAGAAAGGCUGGUGGUACGCCCACUUCGACGGGCCGUGGAUCGCCCGCCAGAUGGAGCUGCAUCCAGACAAGCAGCCAAUACUGCUUGUGGCAGGGAAGGAUGACAUGGAGAUGUGCGAGCUGAGUCUGGAAGAGACCGGACUCACCAGGAAACGGGGCGCAGAGAUUUUGCCAAGGCAGUUUGAAGAGAUCUGGGAGAGAUGUGGAGGUAUCCAGUACCUCAGGAGUGCAAUAGAGAGCAAGCAGGCGAGACCAACAUACGCUACAGCUAUGCUACAGAACCUCCUCAAGUAAAAACCCAGAUCCACGGAUAGCAGGAGGCGGAAUAGAAUACACUUGAGGGGAAUCAAAGGGAAGAUUGCACUCCUUAUUAAAGAGGGCCUUUAAGCAUUGGUUACCUGACUGGGGGGCAUCCUGAUUUUUAGCAAAGAUUUUUGUUCUUUUUUUUUUUUUGCUGUUUACCUUUAUUUCUUCCUUGUUUUUGAUUUUUUCCCCUUAUUGUGGUGAACGUAUGCAGAAAAGAAACCCAGCUAGCUAGACCAAGCUAUGUACUCCAUUUUAUACAAAGCUGAGCUGCGCUUUGAUCUCCUGACAUCUUUAACUGAGGCCUUAACGAUGACUUCUUCGCAGAUUGUUAGAAAUAGGAAAGGUUUGACAGCUGUUCCUCCCAUAAUGUUUUUGGCAUUAAAUUAUAGAUAUCAAGGUUGAUUUGUGUUGUCAGAACUGUUAGCUGCUUUCAAUUUGUUAAUACAAAUGUCGGAUUUAAACAUUUAUCACUGCAAGGACUUUUAAAAUUAAUACCUCAUAUUGUACCUCUUCAUAGCUAUGCAGGAAGAUUUAGGGUCGUCGUGUUUUUUGUGACUGGUUACCGACUGAACUUACAAUGUGCUGAGAAUAUGGUGAAUAUUGUUUUUCUUAUUGCUGCCUAAAACAUGCAGAAAGCAAGGAUUCAGUGACAUGGCCUUAAAUGAACUAGGAAUUGGCCUAGAGAGAGCUUGCAUUUGAAAAAGCAUUUCUCGUUACAUGAGGUACACAGUAUCUGGUUGGGAAUCAUUAAGUUGGUACGCAAGAAAUGAGUGUUCCGUUAUUUGCAUGGCAAGACAGAGCAGUCUAAUUUUCACUCCAUUGUUGGAAAUUGCACAUCUUUUGGGGGAAAAAAUAAGUUAGACUAACUUUUUUGGAAAACAAAUGUCAAUUUAUUCUAAUUGUCACCCAUUUUAUUGAAAUUACAUACUUUAGUCUAUUUCCCUUAAAUUUACAAUUUUUUCAGAGCUGAUUUAAUUAUUGUAUGGAAAUGAAAUGUAGAAAAUUAAAAUGGUGCCCAAAACUCUUCUGGUUAUUGUAGUGAUUAUCUUCAAUUCCAUUAGGCUGCUAUAAGUCUUUUUCUAAUGUCUUGUAGGAUCUAGUUGGUACCAUUAGCUUUAUAUACUGGAAAAUAUGCAUUGCUCUCUACCUUCAAAAUUGAACUUUUUCAACACUCGUUUUUUAAACAUAUACUGUAUGUAAUUUUUAAACAUAAAUGUUUAAAAAUU